AUGGGAGUAAUAUUGAUAGAACAAGAAGUGAGAUAUUAAAUUUACAUGUGUACAUUUAGUUUUGAAUAUCUAAAUAUUAAAUGUUUAUUUUAUGUGUCAAGGACGAAUCAAAUAUGAACAACAGUUUAUCAAUACUUGUGGAUACUCUUUUAUGUAUCUUGGAACCCUUAUUUUGUCUUGCUCAACAAGUUCCAGAGUUAUAUGUUCACUCCCAAGACAUACUGGAAAACCUUAUGGAUGAUUUAGAUAAAAUAAUGCAAGGGUUUUAA